GCCAUUGUCUUCCACACAUCUACCAAAGUCUGCAUCUUCACUCAACCUUCCCGAUCGCCAUGACCGAACCUUCAUCUUCCAAUCAUUCUCCGUCAUCGCUGCCAUGAUCAGUAACGGCGCCACCUCUACCACCACCGCCGCCGCUUCUUCUUCCUCCAACACCGCCGCCGCUUCUUCUUCCUCCAACACCGCCGCCGCUUCUUCUUCCUCCAACACCGCCGCCGCUUCUUCUUCCUCCAACACCGCCGCUCAAUCUCUCGGUCUCAAAAACUUCUUCAAAACUCCUGAAGGCCGGUACAAGCUUCUGCACGAUAAAACGCAUCCUUCGUUUCUUCUUCCGUACGCACUCGCUAAAUCUAUUACUCAGGGUUUCGAAUUGCCGAUUUGGGACCUUCAAUCGGGGAUCUGCAUAACCUACGAUUCAACCGCUGCAGAUCUGAAUUUCAACGGUUCGUGUUCAAUUAUAGGAUGUUUUGGCGUAUGACCGGAUUGUCCACUACGUCUCCGGAGGAAAUUAAUGAUGAUGAGGAGAGGCUGCUGGAAGUUUCUUCUCCAAGGAUGCAACGCCACAGCGCACUUUGGCUGACAUUAUUGUGGAGAAAAUUAAAGAAAAAGAUCAAGUGCCUGCAGGUUUUGAUCCGUUUGAUGUUAUGGUUCAGUUUUACUCAAAUUUGUCGAUAGGUUUGUCUGCAGGAGUUCAACCUCUGCCCAAAUUGGAUGAUUCAAUCAUAGAGAUAUAUAAGAGGUGCUUUACAUCUUUGAUUUCUAGAUAGGCUUUUUAGCUAGGGAUGUUCAUGGUCAGCGUUGACUGGUUUUUUUAACACUUAAUAGUACUAUUGGAUUUCAAAAGUUGGGUGUAAUGGUAUACAUAUAAAAGACAUUUUACUUUA